AUGUUAGACAGUAAAGCCGACAAAAAUCAUACACAUAAAUCCUUCACUACUGUUAGAGCAGACGACAUAAUAUUGAACUAUGAUUUGGGUUCAAGUGCACCUUUAGAGAAUCCGAGUACAAGCGUAAAAGAUACUCUUAACAAUUUAGAUAAGAGUUGCAGGAAUAUCGAAGAUCAUGCCAGAAACUUUGAAGCAUAUGAACUACCCGCAAUGUUAGACAAGAAAGCAGACAAAACAGAGCUUCAAACAUUAAAGACUCAGAUUCUUGAAACAUUAUAUCCUAUAGGCUCUAUUUAUACGUCAAUGAACUCAACAAAUCCAGCAACAGUUUUAGGUUUUGGUACAUGGCAGCAGAUUGUAGACAAAUUCUUAUACUGUGCUAACUCUUCAAAGCAAACAGGAGGUUCGAAGAAAAUUACUGAAGCAAACCUUCCACCGCACACUCAUACAGGAACUACAAACUUUUCUGGCGACCAUAGCCACUCAUUAAGAGACCAUCCAUUAUACAACUCAGAGUAUGAAGCUGGCAAUGAUGUUUUAUCUCCAUCUUAUAACAAUUCAGCAAAAAAGACUUUUCGACCAACUGAACCAGGAGGAAAUCAUGUCCAUACUUUCACAACAAAUCCAACAGGCUCGGGUGCAGAUUAUAUGCCACCAUUUGUGACUGUAUUUGCAUGGUACCGCGUUCAAUGA